AUGCAUAGAGGCACAGAAGCUAGACCUUUGAAACGGCCUCGCCAGUCAGCCGGUUGGCCGCGCCAACCAACUGACAUAGACAAUGAGGUCGUGGCUUUGGGUGGAACGACCCAUGCGCUCGACCUCACAGACGCCACCAUACAAUCCCAAAAAGCACCGGUUAGUAAGGAGAAGCGUCUGGAAGAACUUGUGAGAGACUCCGGCCGCCUUAGACAUGAACUUGACUAUUGGAAAGGUGUCGCCGUGAAAGGGUCCACCUUUAUAGCCAAUGUCGACGAAGCGGUAGCACAGCUUACCGACACUGUCAGCCGAUUGAAGGUUGUCAUUGAUGAGAUAAACUCUUUGGCGGCGGAGAAGAGCAUGUGUCAUGGUAAUCCGUCAAAAUCCGAUCUCAACAGUACCAUAGAGAGACAGACUGGCCAUGUACAAGUCUUGCCGUUGAUGAGGUCCGACGUUGACGUACUCCUGACUCCUGUUAGAAGGGGUCGAGAGGGGUAUGACUUUGAGGUUGUUGAUUCGAAAAAGAUUCGGAAGGAGAAAUCACACAAUCCUGGAGGCUGGUUCUAG